AGUAAAUCCAGCAACAAACGAGGUGACUAAACUCCAUCAGGGGGUGCCGUUGCAAAGGCCCCGACUCUACAUGAUCAGUCAGAUUUUGUUUACAUCUCUCGCGUGAAUUUCUUGCGCUACAAAAUAUUUAUAAAAAGAAAACGCCACAUUAACAAAAGAAGACAAAGACCUUAGGAAAACGUACUUAAGUAGAGUUUGAGACAAUACCUGUGCCUUGCAGUAUUUGUGUAGGUCAGUCAGUGAAGACCGUGUGUUUUCUUAGCAAAGCCGCUCCCUCUUGCCACCUGCUGCUCUGCGCCUUUCCAGACCACUCAGGUUUGCGUGGAAGGACAGAGGAACACAGGCAAACAAAUAGUAACUCAGGAGCAAUGGGUCUUCACAGCAUCCUCAAAAAGUUGAAACAGAAGGAACAUGAAGUCCGUCUGCUUAUGCUUGGCCUGGACAAUGCUGGGAAAACAACAGUGGUGAAGAGAUUCUGUGGCGAGGACAUCAGCACCAUCUCCCCUACAUACGGCUUCAACAUCAAGACUGUUGAGCAUAUUGUUGAUAAAUAUGAGUACAAGCUUAAUAUCUGGGACGUUGGUGGCCAGUCCUCCCUCCGGUCGUACUGGCGGAACUAUUUUGAGUGCACUGACGGCCUCAUCUGGGUGGUGGACAGUGCUGAUGUAGAUCGCAUGAGAGACUGUCAGGGGGAGCUGAGGAAACUGCUCGAGGAGGAGAGGUUAGCAGGAGCUACUCUUCUGGUAUUUGCCAAUAAACAAGAUCUCCCAGAAGCAUUAUCUUCAGAGCAGAUAAGGGAUAUUCUGGAUCUAAACAGUCUCAAGACCCACCACUGGUACAUUCUUCCUUGUAGUGCUGUCACUGGGGACAACCUAAUUACUGGAAUUGACUGGCUGGUAAGAGAUAUUGCUGCUAGAAUAUUCACUCUUGAGUAAUCUCAUUAUUGUUUUACUUCUAAAUUGUUCUAAUCCUCAUUUGUAAUUCUUGAUAAGUAAAAUUUUUGUAUUAGAAAUUAAUGUACAUAUCUUUAUAUGUUUUAUCUGCUUUUAUAUAUUGAUGUAAACUUUUCAGUCUUUCAAAAGAUCUGUGAAGGGAAAAUGGAUUAAAAAAAAUACUAUUUCUUUGUUAAUAAUCAUAUUUUUAAAAGAUAACAAGCUGGUGUAUGUUUUGUUUGUCUGUGUGUGUUAUUUUCUAUCAUGUGUUUAUCAGUGAUAAAUUAUAGAAUAUGCAGUAUGGGAAUGCUAUACUUAAAAGUCAAAUGAUGUUUUAUAGAUUAGCUAGCAUUUGAGCAUUCAGAUAGUCUGUUACAUAUGUAAAUUGAUUGUAUAUGGGUUUCCAAUGGAUGAAUAAAGUUUGAAGGAUUCAUUCUGUUCACAUUGCUUUCAAAUGACAGUGAAACAGAGGAAUGCUGACAAAGAUGAACACAAUAAAACAUGAAACAUUGGAACCUCAAUUCACAAAUGUUCCAGUACACAAAUCUGUUUAUGAGUAAUUUUUUUUAACAAUUUUGCAUCAGUUCAUGAAGAGUGUUUCAGAGUGUGACAUCAGAAACGCCAUGCAAGAUCAGACACUGGCUAUUUCCCUUGAUAAGGGUCUUUAAUAUGUGUGUAUCCAUCACCCUGUCAUAACUUGGUGAUUAUUAUACAUUACAAGUCUCUUAAGCAUCAGGCUAGAGCAUGUCAUUGAUUUCAAAGUCAGGAUUAAAAAUCUGAGAUUUUUUGCACUAGUCAAGAUAUCACAUGCUCUGUCAACCCAUCACAUUUCACCAUGUCUCAUUUUCUGGAUGCUCAAGAAAGAUCUCACCUGCUAUGGACAUGCUUGUAAGACAUGAGGUUGUCAAGAAUCCCUGGAUCACAAGCAUUGAACUCAAAAUGAGGAAAAGCAUGUGUUGUGAAACAAUCUCUGCUUUAUAUAGCUUUACAUACUCCAAUAUAUCCUUCCAGACAAUGCAUGCUUGAUGCAAAUGAAGAUUUUGUCUUUUCAUCUUGAAUAAUCUGACUGACUUUCAGGAUGGUUGGAAAGAAAAGAAAUGGCAGGUUAAAUAUGAAGGCAUGCAAUAUACUGAAGGGAGGAAGCAAUAAGAGGGAAUGAUCCAGAAAUAAGGCAUCAAGCUAUAUCUUAAGUACUAAGACACUUGCCAGUGUAUGAUAAUUAUCUGCAAAUUGCAGUAAUGUGAUGGAUACAUUCGUCUGUUACAGAUGUCUAAUGAGAGGAUUAGCCAUCCUCUGGUCUUACAACUACCAAUAUUCUGUCACGCAAUGUCCUUUUCUGCAUUCAUUCCAGAUGAUCUCAAAAAAAAUUGUAGGAAUUGUACUAAGAGAAAUUAAUGUUAUAUACUGACUGAAUAGAUCAAUAGAGUAGGGAAGUAGUGUUGAAUCUUUGCUGAGAAGAUAGUGAGAAGAAAACUUAAGGAUUAAGUAAAAGAGUAAGACCAUUUGUUCUUUAUGAAUAGUCAAGAAAAGUAUGAAAAAGUCCAUUUCAGAAAUUAUGCGAGAUGGAAAAUAGAAUAAUAAUGCCAGGAGAAGCAUGAAUGUUGGCCUUUCCAUCAUAAUCAGUUCUUAGGAAAUAGUUAUAGAGAGAAUGAAGAAGUGUAUAAUUUUGCAUAUGUUAGAUCAAAAUGUCCUGUUGAACUUUUUAUUUAUUUAUGUAAUAAUUUUUUUACUUUAGAUUGUACAUCAUGAGUAUAUGACAUUAAUGAAAUUAGUGAAUUUGUAGUUUCAUUAAUGUUCACAAACCUCUAUCACUAAUAAUGAUAAUAGAAAAAAAUAAUAGUAAUAAUGAAAAAAUAAAUGAAUGGGAUAAACCUUUUAACUCAACCUUUUCAGGUCGUUAUGCUGUAUGUUAUGAUAAUUUUGUGAAAGGAGCAAAGAUUAAGGAAAUUUUAUUAAAGUUGUGUUGUAGUUUAAUAGAUUUAUUAUGUUGUUUAAGAUUAUUAUAUUCAGUGCUAAAUGCUUUGAAUAAAGGGAGUGUGUUUUGCGGUUGACUUUAUUACAUAAGUAUGAAUAAGAGAUGGAUGCAAUGAACUCAUUACUAAUAUAACAGUGUAAUAGUGCAAUUGCCUCUAAUGGACAAGUCACGUAAAGGCCGCAUGUAUGCACAGAUUGAAUGAUGACUUUAAUUUCAGGAAUUAUACUUGUUGUGGUGACUUGGAAUUAUACUUGUUAGUGACCUAUCUGUAGGAGUGUUAUAGCAACUUCGGAGUGUAGAUAAUUAGCUGGUGUGAGGGUACUACUUCUUUGAUGGUGUUACUUAAUGAGACAUGUACAGAGGGUGGUUAAACCUAAUAGCUUCACAUGUUAGUGGGCAGGUCAAAUGACUCAUUGUUCAAUGUUACAUGGAAGGAAUUAAGGUCAUGGGGUGUAGCUCCAAGGCUCCUCAGAUAACGUAAAAUGCACAGCCAUGCUGAGCAUCCACUAUCUCAUCUUUUAUCAUUCCCAUCCAUCCAUCCAGUUGCCUUAUCAGCAAUGUUUCCUAAGCAGUUAUAGCAUCUCUUCUCUCACCGGUAAUCUAUUUGCUCUUCUUAUAACUACCACCAAGAUUUGUAUCUAAUCUAUUGCAACGGUAAAUUAUGAAGUGCUUUGAGUUAUCCUGUUGCUACCCUUCUGUGUUGAGGUGCUUGAGGCAACUAUCAAGUGACAGGAUAUCUCAGCUGCCAAGGUCAGGUAGAAGUGGUUACAGGUCACCCAGAAACAGGCCCUAAAAAGAAAAGUGUCAGGUACUCCUUUUUUUUGUGUGUGUGGGACAAUGUAUUAUUUCCUUACCUGGGACGGGGUGAAAUGGUAAUCUUUUUUCUUGAUAAAGAAACUGUAAAAGAAAAUUGCCUAUUUUCUCAGCAUCUCAUUUAAAGUUGGAAGUAAGUACCACUAACUCAUCAGUUUGUGAUUAUAGGAUCUCAUGUUUAAUCGUAUUGUAGUAACACUAUUCCUUCAGUAUUGAUUGUGUUUUUGUGUUUAACACAUUGCCUGUCUAAUAGUGAAGAUUCGCAUCUACUGAAGUGUUACAUAUGAACACACAAUUUUGCUGAAUGAAUGUUGUGUAGAGUGAAUGCAGAAUUACCUCUAACUUAAAGAUAUCUAGUGAUAAUGGUGAACAGAAUAAGAAAACUAAUUAGAAAUAACCAUUGAAAGAAUAAGAUGUUUAUACAAUCUGCCAAACUUUUGUUCCAUAAAACAAUAAGUGUUGAUUUUACUUGCAAGAGCUCUUGCUUUGCUUGUAGAAAAAAAUAAUAUAAGAUAUGUUAGGUGUUUGAUACAGGAUUUAGUGUUCAUUUUAUUUAUUUAUUUUCUUUAUAAGCUAUAUGGUAAAUUACAUUUGGACAAUGUAGGUGACCAUGUAAUGCAAGCUUUUUGAAGAUUGCUCACAAUAAAACUUCUAUAUCUU